CUGCUGUAAAAUCAAUAUUCUCACUGUCAUUGGAAGGAGCAUGGCGUGCGUCUUUUCUUAAUCCCCCGUGAAGUUGCGUUUUACUCCGUAACAGUUUGUUCAGUCUAGGUAAUUCAGUGGUCGGUGAAUGUUGAGGUCAGUGCAGUAAUGUCCGUGUACAGACCGCUGGUGUGUGUGCUCCGGCACGGGACAGCAGCGCGCGCCUGGAGGACAGUCACCACCUGGUCACCUGUAGGUGCUGCUUUCAAUGCCAGAGUCCACAGGAGACUAGACCUCUUCCACCAAAACGUAGGUCUGUUUGGAGUCCCGGAGCUCAGCUCUGCGGGGGGCUUCGAGCUGGUCCAGGACAGAGCUCUGCAGGAGACUCAGCAGCUGCUGGAGAAGGUCUGUCGCUGUCCUCCAGGAGCCCAGACCGUGGAGAUAUUUGACAAACUGUCAGACAGCCUGUGCCGAGUGGCAGACAUGGCAGACUUCAUUAAAGUAGCACAUCCCGACCCGUCAUACCGGGAGGCUGCAGAAAAGACUUGUAUAAACAUUGGCACUAUGGUGGAGAGACUCAAUACCAAUGUUGAUCUGUGUAAGAGCUUAAAGGACCUGCUGGAUAACCAAGAGAUCGUUUCCAAGCUGGACCCAGAAACCAGAAGAGUGGCUGAACUGUUUAUGUUUGACUUCGAGAUAAGUGGAAUCCAUCUGGAUAAAAAAAAGAGGAAAGAGGCUGUGAACCUGAAUGUGAAGCUGUUGGAUCUGAGCAAUCAGUUUCUGAUGAGCUGCCACAUGCCCAACCGAAUCGAGAAGAGAGUUCUUCCUGAACACAUUCACCAGCACUUCACUAAAGACGGGAAUUACAUUCAGAUCGGAGGCCUGAACGCAGAUGCGCCUGAUGAUCUGGUCAGGGAAGUUGCGUAUAAAGUUUUCCUCUACCCAAAUGAAAAUGUGAUGCACAUACUUGAGGAGCUGCUGGCCUGUAGAAAUAAACUGGCUCGCUUGGUUGGUUAUGAAUCGUAUGCACACAGAGCAUUGAAAGGAACCAUGGCCAAAAGCCCAGAGGCAGUUAUGAGUUUUUUACAGCAGAUCACAGACAAGCUCUCAGACAGGACGAAAAAGGAUUUUGAAAUGAUGAGGGAAAUGAAGAUGAAACUCAACCCCAGAAAUCCCGAGCUAAUGCCAUGGGACCAUCCGUAUUUCAGUGGUGUGAUACGUGCAGAAAGAUUCAACAUCGAGCCAAGCCUGUACAGUCCGUACUUCUCUCUGGGAGCGUGUAUGGAAGGUCUGAAUGGUCUUUUCACACAGCUGUAUGGUGUAUCUCUGCUGGCUGAGCAGCCCAGUGUUGGGGAGGUCUGGAGCGAAGAUGUGCGCAAGCUGGCUGUGGUGCAUGAAACAGAGGGACUGCUGGGAUACAUCUACUGUGACUUCUUCUACAGACCGGACAAACCUCACCAGGACUGCCACUUCACUAUUCGUGGUGGAAGGCAGCUGGAAGACGGACAGUAUCAGCUGCCGAUAGUUGUCCUGAUGCUGAACCUGCCUCACCCGACUCGCUCUGCUCCCACACUGCUCAGCCCGGGCAUGAUGGAAAACCUCUUCCAUGAGAUGGGCCACGCCAUGCACUCCAUGCUGGGACGCACCCGCUACCAACAUGUGACGGGAACACGGUGUGUCACUGAUUUUGCAGAGGUUCCUUCUAUUCUAAUGGAAUAUUUUGCUGCGGACUAUCGUGUGAUCAGUCAGUUCGCUCGCCACUAUCAGACUGGACAGCCUUUGCCUCAAAGCAUGGUGGCCCGUCUUUGCGAGUCCAAGAAGGUCUGUGGUGCGGCUGACACUCAACUUCAGGUUUUCUAUGCAAUCAUGGAUCAAGUUUAUCAUGGAAAACCCCAGAAUCGAUCAACUACAGACAUCAUGAUAGACAUGCAGAAGAAGUAUUACGGCCUGCCAUAUGUCACCAAUACAGCCUGGCAGCUGAGGUUCAGUCAUCUCGUCGGCUACGGGGCGAAGUACUACUCGUACCUGAUGUCACGAGCAGUGGCCUCCAUGGUGUGGAAGCAGUGUUUCUAUAAAGAUCCCCUCAACAGGGAAACCGGAGAGCGUUACCGCAGAGAGAUGCUGGCUCAUGGGGGAGGGAAGGAGCCCAUGCUGAUGGUGGAAGGCAUGUUGCAGAAAAGACCCUCCAUCGAGGACUUCGUCAGCGCCCUCGUGUCUGAUCUGGACCCUGACUUUGAAACCUUCAUCAUGGACUCCGAGAGCUGAGCCAUUUUUCAUCGCAGUAUCACUUUAUCUUCCUCACUGUACUGAGCACCGUUAGUAUUCACGUUUAGAGAGAGGACUCUAUUCAUGAACCAAAACUGAACGAUCUCACAGCAGUGCAUUGUGGGAGAUAUAUAUAUCUCAGUGAAUCUCAGAAAACAUGUCAAGAACUUGUCCAGGUCAUGUUUCACAUAAAAAAUCAGGAGGAAACAGAAAUGCAUGUGUUCUAUUUGUUUGCUCAUUCACCAAAAUAAAUCAAUAAAAAUAGUCAUAAAUGCAGAAUAAAUAUUAAGUGUUUUAUACAUCACACUAUAUUGGUGGGACUACAUGUAAUAAUUACAAAAUGUAAUUUAAGUAUGAAAUUUAAUUAUUAAUAAAAUGUUUAAUAACA